UCUAGUGGAACUUCUGCUCUUGCAGAAAUAUUAGGCGAUGACUUUGGAUUAGGUUCUCCAAUGGCUGUAUCACCAUUAUUAGAAUCAGUAGAUAAAUCCAAUAAAAAGCAGAAGACGAGUACUAAGGAGAGUAAAUCUUCUACAGUAAAAAAGCUUAUCAAAGAAUUAAAAGACGAUAGUGUUAAUAAAGAUUUAAUAUUUGCUUCUGAGUUAUCUGAGAAUAGUUAUACUUAUCUUUACAAAGAAAUUGUUAAAGCCAAAGUUGAUAAUAAUAUUGCAAGUCAAAAGCUUUUAAACUGUUACUUUCAACUGGGUAAAAAGUUAUCUGAUCGCCUGAAUUAUUAUAAAAAUGAAAAAAAAUAUCGAGAUCGUAAGGCCCAAAGUAAAGUAGAUAACGAAGUAAAAGAGCAAUUACCUAAAGAGGUUAAUGAUACUACACGUUGGAAACAAACAGAAAGAGCUAAAAAAAUAUAUAAACUUUUUAUUGAAAUCGGUAUCGAUAAAAUGCAACGGGUUAAAUCUUAUUCGGCUUUAAAAAUUUCAAAAUUAAGUUGGGAGAGCAUCGACUAUAUU